CCCUCUUCAAGUCAACUCACAUUGCUCUAACUAAACACUUAAACAGCAGAAGCCUUGUCUGAGAAAAAAAGAAAAGAAAAGAAGUAAGCCAUGUCUGCGAAAGCAAUCCUCCUAUCAUCGGUCCUUCUACUGAUUCUCAUCGUCGCAUCUGCAUCCGCUGAUACUGGAUUCGUUGAGUCAAACCCGAUCCGUAUGGUCUCAGACGGUCUCCGGGAGAUAGAAGAAUCCGUUGUCCAGAUCUUAGGCCAAUCUCGUCACGUUCUCUCCUUCGCUCGCUUCACUCACCGGUAUAGGAAAAGGUAUGAGAACGCAGAGGAGAUUAAGCUCAGAUUCUCCAUCUUCAAGGAGAGUCUUGACUUAAUCAGAUCCACCAACAAGAAAGGCUUGUCUUACAAACUCGGUCUCAAUCAGUUUGCUGAUUUGACCUGGGAAGAGUUUCAAAGGACCAAGCUUGGUGCUGCACAGAACUGCUCUGCCACUUUAAAAGGUAGCCACAAACUCACCAAAGAAGCUCUUCCCCAAACCAAAGAUUGGAGAGAAGAUGGUAUUGUUAGUCCAGUCAAAGACCAGGGAAAAUGUGGAUCUUGCUGGACAUUCAGCACCACUGGAGCACUUGAGGCAGCUUAUCAUCAAGCAUUUGGGAAAGGAAUAUCACUCUCUGAGCAACAGCUUGUGGAUUGUGCUGGAGCUUUCAACAACUUUGGCUGCAAUGGUGGCCUUCCUUCCCAAGCCUUUGAAUACAUCAAGUUCAACGGUGGCCUUGACACAGAGGAAGCUUAUCCUUACACCGCUAAAAACGGAACCUGCAAAUACUCAGCUGCAAACAUCGGUGUACAAGUCCUCGAUUCGGUCAACAUUACUCUUGGUGCUGAAGAUGAACUGAAGCAUGCGGUUGGAUUGGUACGACCAGUAAGCAUUGCAUUCCAGGUUAUCAAAUCGUUCCGGCUUUAUGAGAGCGGAGUUUACUCUGAUAGCAACUGUAAAAAUUCACCAACGGAUGUGAACCACGCGGUUUUGGCGGUUGGUUAUGGAAUUGAAAACAGUAUUCCAUAUUGGCUUAUAAAGAACUCGUGGGGAGCAGGUUGGGGUGACAAAGGUUACUUCAAGAUGGAAAUGGGGAAGAACAUGUGUGGUAUUGCGACAUGUGCAUCGUAUCCGGUUGUAGCCUAAAGAUGAUCAGCGAAUGUGGUCGCUCAACGACUAGAUUACAUUUACGUUUGCAUAUUUUUAUUGGAUUACAUCACUUGAAAGUUGGGACUUGAGAAUGCAUAGUGUUUACUAUGCUUGUUGUAUGUAACCAUAAGGUCUGCUCAUUUGUACAAUAUAAUGGAACAAACUACAGACAACAAAUUAAUAAUAAAUAUCCAUGUUAAACUUCAG